AUCAAAUUUUGAUUGAAUGAAUAGAUGCAAGCUUUUGCUUUUUUUGCAAAAAGAAAUUUGUGGAUUUCUUAAGUUUUCGUAUUUUUUUCCUAUUCUUGCAGUCUUGUUAGUCAGUAAAACUUUUAUACGAAAAUGGCAGAUCGUUUGACCCAGCUUCAAGAUACAAUAAAUCAACAAGCUGAGCACUUUUGUAACAGCAUCGGCAUAUUACAACAGUUCUCCACGCCCAGCAAGUUUCACGGCUUGGACCGAAGCGGUUCUCAGACGCCGCAGCAGCAGCAAAAUCAAGAAGACUAUGCCAUGUUAUUUGCGACUUUGAUAUCGAGAUGUGCUAAGGAUAUCGAUACUUUGAUCGAGUCAUUGCCGAGUGAGGAGAGCUCUGCGGAGCUCCAAGUACAGAGUUUGAGGCGAUUAGAGGCCGAAAAUAAAGAGGCGGCUGAGCAGUUGGAAGAGGUUGUCCGUCAAGGAGAGAUUUUACUAGAAAAGAUACAAGGUGCUCUGAGCGAUAUCGCUCAGUGCCAGCUUGAUAUGCAAAACCCUGCCUUGAUCCUGAACAAGGACAUUAAACCACAGUUAUAGAAUAUGAAGAAGCACGGUGGUUACCACCGUCGGUGAUUAUGUGAAGGGGACAGUGAAAUAAGUGCAUUACUUAAACCCAUAAACAUUUGAGUUAUACUAUUAUCUGUAAAGAAAUGAGUCAGAGCUCAACUCUGACGGUGACAGCUAAGGAAAGAACCUAGAAAAUGCUCCUAAGUCUAAAAAUAAAUAUCAUAAAAUAUAAUUAUGUAAACUUAUAUACCAAUAGUUAUUGAAAAGAUUUACUUAGUGUGCUGUUUUAGCAUUUCUCAUGAAUUGUUGGAGAUACACAUGCCAGUAAAAUGGGCAAGUCACCGGUUGUUGUUUGCCAACUACCAACUGUCCACGUCCCAGUUACUUGCAAUGAAACAUGCAUAUAGCUGGCAUGGCAUGAGUCUUUCCUAAUUUAAUAUAAGAGGAGUGCUUAAUAUUAAGAAGUAGAAGAUUCUCUCCAUAUUUUUUUAAAGUGAAAGAAGUGAAUGAGUAUCUUUACUUUUUAAGUAUCGCCACUUGCUGAUUAAAUAUCAGUUUUGUUCACGAAACAUGUUAUUAGGGUAAGAUAAAUAAAUUCACAGAUAUUGAUAACUUAUAAUAAAAACAUUUAAGCAUU